AUGGCUCCCGCCGCCAAGGCAGCCGACGCCCGACGCAAAUCGGCGACCAAGCACGGUCUGCUCAUCACCCUCAACGUGUCGCCCGCCCUGCUACGCGACAUCUUUCCCUUCUCAGAGUCCAUCAAGGAAGGCUCCCAGUCUCCGGCAUCCAAGAGCUCCAAGGCCAACUCAGAACCCAAAGAGUCGCCGGCCAGCCCCAGCGCACCGGCUGUGUCUGCCGCUGCCUCGAACGCCGACGCUGCCUCCGACUCGAAUGCUGCCACUCCGGCCGCCGAGGGCACGCCCUCCUCUACACCCAUGCCGCCUCCGACGACGAAGAAGGGAGUCAAGCGAUCUGCCACUGCCGUGAACGGCAACAACAACGACGGCAUACCCAAGCCCAGAGGCAAGCCGGGCCC